UCAGGAUUUUGGCAUAUCCAAGGGAUGCAACUCUGCACAGCGAAUUGUGAUGCCUUAGACGACUAGGCCACACGUGCCCCAUCGGAAGAGACACAACCAGUGACAGAGACAAUGACAAAACAGACGGAGUACAAUACAUAAGGUCCUUAAACAUCGUAUCGCAUAUAACUAUAAUCACUUCCUAACCCUUGACACAUGUCCUCUGAUUUUGACGCUUGUCGCCGCCCACUGAUAUGAAAUGAGAUAUGAUAUGAUUUAAUGUCAUAUGAUCGCUCGCCUGAAACACGGACUCAAGCCUACUCACUUAUAUGUGGCUAACAUACCGACUGUCCUUCGACUGAGUACAUAACACAAUGGCUUCAUCUCGUCUCGUCAUCACUGUGCUGUCCCUCUGCAUCAUCAAUGCAUAUGGCUUUACCCCUAUAACCUAUUACAUGGACGAAGAAUGUGGCUUCAGGCUGACCACGACCAAGGACACGCGACUGAAGCUGACGUACCAUCCGAACAGAAGCCUCCGCCCAAACAUGAACUGCACCACCUCAUUUAGGACGACUGUCUUGGGGGAUCGAUUGCAGGUUCGACUGAGGAGCAUUGACACUGUGUUGACUCCCAAAUGCCAUCAAAACACCUUGCAAAUAUUUGAUAGUGAUAAAAAGACACUUUUGAAUGCUCCAUUUGGACACUGCGGUACAGGAUUAGGGACCAGGACUUACCGGUCAAGUGACAGCUCCGUCACACUCAAGUUCCAAACAGAUGCCAGUUUCCAGUAUGGCCAAUUCGACAUCCUCGUCACCUCCUUUAACACAGCUUUCAAUCACUCAUGUUCUGCAAGUCGAUUUACUUGUGACAACGACCUCUGCAUCAGCAGUACCCUCACAUGCAACGGCUACAACGACUGCGGUGAUGAUAGUGAUGAGAUCCACGAAUGUCGCCUCAGUGGAGGGGCCAUUGCAGGCAUCGCCGUGGGUGUAGUUGUGUUCCUGGUGAUAUGCACCUUCCUCUCCAUUGUCGGCCGAUCAAGGAGGAGACGUUAUCAAAGACUUUGUGAGGCCAAACCUUACAAUGCUAUGCAGACGACCACGACAACCUACCCAACCAACGUCCAGAACCGGUAUCAGCAACCUUCAUACCAGACGUACUGACACACGGACCCACACACCACGUUCCCAACACCCAGAACCAGUCACACGGACCCACACACCACGUUCCCAACACCCUGACCAGAUACACGGACCCACACACCACGUUCCCAACACCCGGAACCAGUUACACGGUACCACACACCACGUUCCCAACACCCUGACCAGACACACGGACCCACACACCACGUUCCCAGCACCCGGAACCAGUUACACGGACCCACACACCACGUUACCAACACCCAGAACCAGAUACACGGACCCACACACCGCGUUACCAACACCCGGAACCAGAUACACGGACCCACACAUCACGUGACCAACACCCGGAACCAGAUACACGGACCCACACACCACGUUACCAACACCCAGAACCAGAUCCACGGACCCACACACCGCGUUACCAACACCCGGAACCAGAUACACGGACCCACACACCACGUUACCAAUACCCGGAACCAGAUACACGGACCUACACACCACGUUACCAACACCCUGAACCAGAUACACGGACCCACACACCACGUUACCAACACCGGGAACCAGAUACACGGACCCACACACCACGUUACAAACACCCAGAACCAGAUACCCGGACCCACACACCACGUUACCAACACCCAGAACCAGAUACACGGACCCACACACCACGUUACCAACACCCAGAACCAGAUCCACGGACCCACACACCGCGUUACCAACACCCAGAACCAGAAACACGGACCCACACACCACGUUACCAACACCCUGAACCAGAUACACGGACCCACACACCACGUUACCAACACCGGGAACCAGAUACACGGACCCACACACCACGUUACAAACACCCAGAACCAGAUACCCGGACCCACACACCACGUUACCAACACCCAGAACCAGAUACACGGACCCACACACCACGUUACCAACACCCAGAACCAGAAACACGGACCCACAUACCACGUUACCAACACCCAGAACCAGAAUCAACAACAUUCAUACCAGAUUUACUGAUACACGUUCCCAUACACCGCGUUUACAAACGCUCAGGACCAGUCUCAACCACGUCCUCCAAAUCUUCUGAUACGACACCAACACACCAUGUAUAUUUUACCUUGUUUCAUUUUGUUUCAUUGUACAUUUCCAAUGCGCUUCUCAGUCGGUUCAUUGUCUCAAAAUUCCAGGUUAGACCAUACAUACAAUAUGUUGUAUAUUUUGUAAUAAAUAUUCUUUGUUACGA